AUGACAUCCAUGGCAGCCGAGUCGGUGGCCACGAUCCUCUGCACGGCCAAGCAGACUCGCUUCAGCAUCGACAGCACCAGUUACCGCGAACUCGACAUCGACGGCCUCACCAUCGUCGUCACCUCUGGCGAGAAAGCAGACAAGCCCGAAAAAGGUGCCGGCAAGUCCAAAGGCAAAGGAAAGUCAGAUGGCCUGGAGAUCUUGUCCAAUGCCAAGCUACGAUUGAAAGAAGGCCAGCGCUAUGCCUUGGUUGGCCGCAAUGGCACGGGGAAGUCGACGUUGCUCAAGGCUAUUGCUCAGAAGCUCAUUCCCGGGAUCCCGGAGGGCUCCAGGAUUGCCCUUUUGCAGCAGACGAAGCUCACAGACUCCGAUGAGGACGAUAAGACGAGAACGGAGAAGGGCGGCCAGGGAACUGUUCUGCAGGAGGUCAUUGAGCGUGCUACUGCUCGAAGCGUGGUUGAGCAAGAAAUAAAAGUUCUCUCGGAGGGUGUUGAUGCUUCGGAUCCAUACGCUCCCAUUCGGGCCUUGCGAGGCCUGAAGCACGAGAAGCUUCAGAAGCGCUUAUUUCUUGUAGACAAAGAAGCCAGACUCCGAAGUGGUGCUCGAGGACUGCAGGCGAGGAAAGCCCUCGUGGCCUUUGAGAAGGUCGUUGCGGACUCGCAAGCCUUGCUCGACCAGGCCGAUGACGAAAUCUCCGCCGAGGCUCUUCAAGCAGAAACUCAAGAGGCGGCCGACAUGCUGGCGGAUUUGCAGAUUCAGAUCGAGCCUUCAAGGCUAGCCCAGAUCGAAGUCCAAGCACGAAACAUUCUCACCGGUCUUGGCUUCACCGAGGCUUACAUGGGGAAACCUCUGUCCAGUCUUUCUGGAGGCUGGCAUAUGCGAGCUUCCCUUGCAUCGGCUCUGCUACAGGAUGCCGAUAUCUUGAUUCUGGACGAGCCCACCAACUUCUUGGAUCUACUGGGAAUCGUCUGGCUGCAGCGCUACUUGCAGGCGUUGGCAGACAAGGAGAAGCCUCCCACACUGAUCCUCGUUUCCCACGAUCGUGAUUUCAUCUCGCUCUGUACGGAUCUUCUCAUCUUGAAGGACAAGCAGCUCACCUAUUUCCACGGCGACAUUCAAACCUACGAACGUUCGCAAUCCGAGCGAAGACAAUGGCUUAUUAAGAUGAAGGAAGCCCAAGACAAGCAGAAAGCCCACAUAGAGAAGACAAUCGCCCAGAACCUCAAGGCCGGCAAGGCCAACGACGACCAGAACAAGAUCCGCCAGGCAAAGUCUCGGCAGAAAAAGCUGGACGACCGCUGGGGAAUGCAAGUCAGUGCCAAGGGCACAAGGUUUAAGCUGAACAGGGAUCUCGUAGGGUUCUUUCUUACCAGUCGAGAGGGGAUUGAGAUCCCGCCUGAGCAGCGGCCUGUCAUUAUCUCAUUGCCUGAGCCCCCGGAGCUGAGAUUCCCUGGAUCGCUCAUUUCGUUGGACAAGGCAUCGUACCGAUACGCACCAAGAUCACCAAUGAUUCUUCAGGACGUCACCCUCACAGUAGGUAUGGGUGAUCGUAUUGGUAUCCUGGGCCUCAACGGAGCGGGUAAAUCCACCCUAAUCAAGCUCCUUGUCGAGGAGUCUUCGCCAACAUCCGGCACUCUCACCACACACCCCCGUCUUAGAAUGGGUUACUACUCUCAGCAUGCCGUCGAAGAGCUAAAGGCUAUCGGUCGCGCUGAGCAUGGACUAACUUCACUUGCUCUCUUGACCAAGGAGGUCGACGGUGCCCUCAACGAGGGCGAGAUACGCGGCUUGCUGGGCACGCUCGGUCUCCCCGGCCGCCUGGCAUCAGAUGUUCCCAUUUCCAAGCUGUCCGGUGGUCAGCUGGUGCGAUGCCAACUGGCGCGGUUAUUCUGGAAACACCCGCAGUGCCUCGUCCUCGACGAAGUCACCACUCAUCUCGACUACGAAACGGUGACUGCGUUGCGAGAAGCCUUGAAUGAAUGGGAGGGCGCUGUUGUGCUGGUGAGCCACGACAGAUGGUUCAUGCGCGGGGCGAUAGAGGGCCAGGUCGACGACGCGGGAGACGACGAAGACGAGGAUGCCGAUGAAGAAGAAGAGGAAGAAAUGAAGCGGAGGAGAAUCGUCUAUCGACUUAAAGGAGGGGCCAUAACAGAGCUGAAAGAUGGCGUCGACGAGUUCUCACGCGUCAUAGAGAAGAGGGCGAAGAAAAUGAUGGAAGGUCUAUGA